AUGUCCCGGGUCGGCUCGUGCGCAUACCUCCUCCAGCAGGGCUCCCAGGUGUACGCACGUAUGGCUUCAAAGACUGAUUACUCGGCAAACUACAUCGGAUUUCCUGUUCAGACCGUGGCUUCCUUGAACAAGGUCCCCGUCCCCUUUGCCCCGUCCGCUACCCGCAACCGCAUCGCCUCGGAUGAUCUCCGCCGCCCGCGCAAGAACGCAUCAGUCAUCGCCAUGGGUCCCGACAAGGGUCCGUUCCGCCAGCUGCCGGCUGCCACAUACCGAUCCACAUACGACGACUCGUACACAUACACAUCUACCCGCAACCCCAAUGCGGUCCUCCAGAUCUAA